CGCAUCGUUGUAUUCUUGGACCAUUCGGUCGACACGAUGGAUUUAUCCUGUUCCAUCAGGUCCAUCAGGCCCAUCAGGCCCAUUACACGCCCCUCAUGCAUUCGUCUCCGUAUAAAAGGGACGGCCUGGGAGCCGACUUGGCGGGCCUCUUCUCACUACAUAUUAUCGGAACAUGUUGAUCGUUGAUCGACAGCUCUUUUUCGGUUGUGCUUUCUUCAAUUUAACCCAGUGACUUGGCCUGAUCGUCAUCGACACGGGCGAUCCAUUAUUUCCCGCGCAACCGCGAAACAAUGCCGACCUUCUCACGUACGCUCCUCCUCGCUGGCCUCCUGGCCACGGCGGCCACGGCCACGGCCAGCCCAGUGGCGAACCCCUUCGAGCUGCCCAAAUGCCAAAUCCCCCCGGGCAUUAUCAUCACCCAGUGCCGGAAGCCCGGCGUGAUGGCUUUGGGCUACGAUGACGGCCCUUAUACCAUGACGUUGGAGCUGGUGGACAUGCUCGACGCGGCCGGUGCCAAGGCCACGUUCUUCUGGACAGGCACCUUGUACGGCUGUAUCUACGACCAUGUCGAUGCCAUCAAGAAGGCGUAUGCUUCUGGCCACCAGGUCGCUUCUCAUACUUGGACCCACCCCAUAACCCUCGACCAAAUGAGCAAAGCCGAACUCACCGAAGAAAUGGAGAAGCUCGAGAACGCCUUCGCCAACAUCCUCGGCAUCCGGACCAACUACAUGCGGCCCCCCUACCUCAUGACGGGCGGCGAGGUCAUGCCCACCAUGGGCGAGCUGGGCUACAAGGUCAUCACCCUGGACCUCGACUCCGGCGACUGGGACGGCGUGACAACGGCGGCGGAGAGCGCGAGGCGGUUCGAAGAGGCGGGCACCUCCGGCCGGGGCCACAUCCCGCUGGUGCACGAGACGUACGAGAGCACCGUGCGCGAGCUGACGCCGUGGAUCAUCGAAUGGGCCGCCCAGAACAACCUGGAGCUGGUGACGAUCGCCGACUGCCUCGACGACCCCUCUGGUCCCUAUGUGACUGUCAACGCGACCGGAGAUGGCCAGAUGACUUGCUGAAGAUGACGCUUGAAGUGGGGGUGAGGCGAGACUCGAGACUCUCUUUCCCUCUCAUGUGGGUGACGUCCUGGAAAGGCAAAGGCUAACGUGAUGGACAAUCGGGCAUUCUGUUACUACCUGCGGCCGGAUCAACGCGGCGGGCAAGGUUGGAACUUCUUUCGACUGUCCAAGUCGGCCCUGCCCGAUAUCACAAGUGGUUCA